CACUAGUGAAGUUGAGACAAAUAUAUAUACGUGCUGGUUGUCUUGGGCUGGCUGCGUGUUUCUCUCGGGCUGGCUGUGUAUCAGACCGCAGGAGCGAAGGGGUUACAUCGUGUGACAACGAUCCGUCGCGCUGUCACAUCUGUCACCCCUCACCCCCGAAAGCAUGACCCACAGACGCAAAAGGCCUUACACAUGGGACGCACACUUACUUGCGUAGGCAGGAAAACCAGAGGCAUGAAAACGCCCUUGACUGUUCUCUCCGUCAGAAUACUGACGUCGCUUUCUCGUCGUAUGUCUCUGUAGGGGUCUGCCUGUGAGGGUGUGUGCGAUGCAUCAAUGCUUGGUGUCCGGCUGACCGGCGGACACCCAGCAGCAUUGCAUUGCCAGCACCCAUGUCAGUAAACCCCCCGCGCAGACAACGAUGGCGCUACUACAGGAGGAAUCGGUCAGAGGAUAUAUGGCGAAGGGGGAAAACAGAGCCAUGUACUGUCUGUCUGUCUGUCUGUUCUCACACAAAGGGAAGGAGGAAGGAUGGAUGCAGCCAGCCAGCAGCAUCGGUCAUCUGGCAUGGCAGAGAGCGGGAAUGUAGUCAGUCAGUGAGUGAGUGAGCGAGUCGCGUCCGGUCCGCACGGCAGCGGACAGACAGACAGACAGACAGACGUACUUACUGCUCUCAGAUAGAGAUGUGUGUAUUGUAUGUAUACAGACACACGUACGUACGUACGUACGUAUACAUCAAUACACCGAUCAUAGGUAUACACACACAACAACACCAAGCAUGGACGGACGGAUGGAUGGAUCCACGCAGUCAGUUUGUUAGUUAAAGAGAGAGUGAGUAGAUGAUACAGGCAGGCAGGCAGGCAAGGAAGGAAUGAAGGAAGGAGAGGUAGAAGCGGGGCCAUGCACGAAUGCAGCGAAUUGAGUCAGUCAGUCAGUCUCUCUUUCCCUCUCCCGCAAAAUCGACAAUCGACAUCUGUCGAGUCGUGCGUGUCGCGUCGUCCACACAUACAUAGGGCACUCGUGUGUGCCUGCGAUGCGAUGCCUGGCAUACAAAUAUCUCAUACACCACACCAUUGCAUACAUAACAAACACAUCGACGAACGGCAAACACGCACGCACUCAUCGACCGACCGACCGACCAUGCACACACACACACUCACAUCCGUACACAAGUACGUCCGUCCGCACGGACCUUGCUGGGUGGAAAGCAACAAAAAGCACGACGAAAACCAUACACACAUCACACUCACACACACAUGCAUUGCCUCACUCCAUGCGCACGAGCCAAUGCCAGGGCUUCCUCUUCAUGGCCAGGUACUUGGACCGGUAGUUGAGCCACCAGGGGCCCCACUCUCCUGCAGCCGCGCACCCACACGAACAGAGACCAUCACGCCGUACCACAGUGAGUUUCUGUGCGCCUCACUGCACUGCCUCACUGACCGACGACGAAUCCGAAUGUCGAGUAGAUCCACAGAAGCGUGGCCACGGUCCCCAGCAGGAAGGACCCAGGCAGCGGCCAUGCGUACGACGCCACCAGCCACCGCACCAGCGGGAUCAGCCGGUAGGCGUUGAACCACACAGUGGCGAAGAACAUGGCCGACCGCCCGAUGCCCAGCUUGGUGAGGCUCUCGAGCGCUAUCUGCGCCGAGAAGACGAACACGUGCGGCGCCAGGAUGCCCGCCAGCUUGUCUUGCGGCCCUUUGAUGAUCAGUGAGAGAGGGAUGAGGACGGUGAAGAGCAGCUCGAAUGGCGAGAGGGCGUAGAAGCGCUUGGCGAUGUGCGAGGGGAUGGGGGGGAGGUGCUUGGUGGGGAGGAGCUUCUCGAAGGUGCGGCCGCCCGCCUGCAGCACGAAGUGGGAGCUGAUGACGAACACCAGGUCCUCCACCGGUAGGUCCUGGCUCCACGAUAUCACACCUGGCACGCACCGACAGACAAAAGAGCAACCAACACUGUUGCUUCACCGUGGCGCUCUCGACUCAAUGACUCAGUGACCAACCAACCGGCAAGGAUAUAGAAGAGGAUGCCCAACGUGCCCAUCCUCAGCUUGGCCUUGGUCUCCUGGUCCAUGGGCGGCGCAUUCGGGAAGACGGUCGCUAUGACCGACUUGCUCUUCUUGGUCCUGCACCUUUGCCGCCUCCUGAACUUGCCGCCUCCGCUAAAAAUGCCCCCCCGCCGCUUCUUGUUGCCGCUGUUGGGGUUGUUCUUCCUCACCCCCCUCACCGACGGCAGCCCCCACUUGAUCCGCAUCCCCUUGCCCUUCAACCACCCCUUCUUGGCCUGCUUCGCCGACGCCGUUUUGUCCAAAAUGAACGUCACCACGGCGUCCUUGGUCUUGGUCAGGCCCGACUUGCGAAGCGGCACGAAAGACGGCGGCCAGCUGGCCGAUUUCGCCGGCAUUUUCCGCGCCACCUGCGAGCGCUUCAGCGGCCAGACGGUUGCAGGGGAGGGGCGGGAAACCGCUGGGGUCGCCAUGAGGGCGAGAAGCAGGAGGGCAGCGAGAAGGGUGAGUGCGGCAGAGAUCAUGAGUGGCUGGAGAGGCGAUCUGGCCCUGGCAGGGCCACGCAUCUGCAUGGCGGGAUC